CAGCCCUCCGCGGACGUGCGACCAAUGUCUUUUUGUCGCUCGAACCAGCUGUGUGACCAAUUCCAAAACUGUUUGGUCGCCGGCGUCGUGCGCAUUUAUCAUUGGUCGAGCAAACCGCGCUGUGGCUUGGCCGUCUCGAGCCGGAAGUGCGCACCCGUCUGACCACGCUCGUUCCUUUCUGCGCUCAAGGCUUCGCUCGCGCUCCUCUUUCUCUCCUGACGGCGCUUCGGGAUGGACAAGAUGUCCCGGGUGCACGCCAGCGCCCCGAAUGCAACUUUUUUGCCCGCCGCCGCAGCCGCGGCCGCUGCCGUCGCCGCGCACGAAGUCCUCAAGUCGCUGCUGGACAACCCAGUCAAGCUCCCCGCCAGGCACGAUGACGCCGCGACGUCGGCCAAAGGUCCUGACAAGGAGAAGAAGCUGGACGAGGACUGCAGCACCCCGCAGUCGGCCUUCCUGGGGCCGACCCUAUGGGACAAGACGCUGCCCUACGACGGCAACAACUUCCAGCUGGAGUACAUGGACCUGGAGGAGUUCCUGUCGGAGAAUGGCAUCCCCGCCCAGCACCACGUCCCUCCGGCGCCACCCCUGCUGCCGCCGCCCUCCGUGUUGGACCUCAGCGGCCACGCCUCCACCUCCAUUCGCAAUGUUUCGCCGGCUUGUCUGCUCCGAAACAGGCCAGGGCUCUCCAACUUCAGAAACACCCCGAGCCCCAUCGACCCGGACUCCAUCCAGGUUUCGGUGGGCUACGAUCCAGACCCGGCGGACCUGGCGCUGUCCAGCGUCCCAGGCCAGGAAAUGUUCGACCCGCGCAAACGCAAGUUCUCGGCCGAGGAGCUGAAACCCCAGCCCAUGAUGAAGAAGGCUCGCAAGGUCUUCAUCCCCGAAGAUCUGAAGCAGGACCACAAAUACUGGGCCCGGCGCAGAAAGAACAACAUGGCGGCCAAGCGCUCGCGCGACGCCCGGCGCCUCAAGGAGAACCAGAUCGCCAUCCGGGCUGCCUUCCUGGAGAAGGAGAACCUGGCGCUCAGGCAGGAAGUGAGCGAGCUCCGCAAAGAGCUGGGCCGCACCAAGAAUAUCCUGGCCAAGUACGAGGCCCAGCACGGACACCUGUGAGACCAGGCUGCACACAUACGUACAAAUGUCUGUCUUUGUGUGGUUGCCAACGAGCCGUCGCCAUCUUGGGUGCGUGCCGCAAUUGUAUUCCACAAACUGAGUACGCGUGGAAAAGGGCAAAAGAGAGAUAUCAAUUCCUAAGUGGGUUCUUUUUAUAAGGCUAUAUUUUACGACGUCCGAAAACUCAAAGAGAACUAUUUAUACACGCUGUGUCCAUAUGAAAGGAAAUAUUCGAUACGAGCAGAAAUCAACACAUCUUUCAUACACUCGUGCGGACCAAAAACCAGACCUUCUCGAAUGGCAUGUUUCUAUCCUGUAAUUUUUUUGUACAGCCGUGGAUAUUUUGUGUGCAUUUUUAGAUUUGAAGCAGGACGCUAUUUUAAUUGACAAUCUAUUUGUGACACACUGAAUGUAACCCGAAUCCAACAUGGAGCACUUAGUUGUGUUGUUUUCUUCUUUCCUCAUGGUGUCAUUUAUUUCCUUUAUUUUUCCUGAUUUUCCACAUCACCAAUAAAAAAAUAAAUGAACUAUC